CUGGAAAAGUGGCAAGUCUAGGGAAGUGGCGGUCGGGAGUCUAGGUGACAGGGCGAGACGGAGCUGGAAGGUGGUGGGAGGGGGCCGGGCAGGAGCCAGCGGGAGGGCCAGGCCUGGAGGCCCCCACCCUGGCGUGCCCGCUCCGGCCGCGAUUCAGGAGGAAGAGGAGGAUGAUUUCCAGAUACACUCGGAAGGCGGUGCCACAGAGCUUGGAGCUGAAAGGAAUAACAAAAUAUGCUCUUAAUCAUCAUCCCCUUCCAGAGCAGCUGGAUGAACUGUCUUCUACCAAUGGCAGCCAUGAAAAAGAUACAAGUUCCCAAAGUGAAUCUGACAUCACACAAGAAUCACCUUUUACAUCAGCUGACACUGGGAACUCAAGGUCUGCUUUUCCAAGUUUUACAGGGAUCUCUACUGAAGGCAGCUCGGACUUCUCCUGGGGAUAUGGUGAACUUGAUCAAAAUGCCACUGAAAAAGUCCAGGCAAUGUUCACAGCCAUUGACGAGCUCUUGUAUGAGCAGAAGUUGAGUGUACAUACCAAGAGUCUACAAGAAGAGUGCCAACAGUGGACAUGUAGUUUUCCUCACCUCAGGAUUCUGGGUAAGCAGAUAAUCACUCCAAGUGAAGGUUAUGAACUGUAUCCUAGAUCACCUUCUGGUAUUUCAGCUUCACCUGAGGCAACACUGUCUCAAGAAAGAGAGUCUACCAUAUUUGGUAUUAGGGGAAAGAAGUUACAUUUCUCUUCUUAUGUUCAUAAAGCAUCUUCCAUUGCCAAAUCCCCUAGCUUGGGUUCUAUGGAAGAGGAAGAUUGUGUAAUCUCUGAAGGAAUAAUAGAGGAAUACUUAGCAUUCGACCACACAGAUAUAGAAGAGAGGUUUCCUGGAAAGAAAUCAGAAGCAGCUCCAGAGAAACAGAACUUAGGGUACCCUCCCAUUGCUCCAUUUUACUGCAUGAAAGAGGAUGUCCUUGCUUACGUGUUUGAUGACGUGUGGAGCAGGGUCCUGAGCUGUAUGGAGCAGUUGACACGUAGUCACUGGGAGGGAUUUACUUCUGAUGAUGAGAGUAAUGUUGAAAUCACCAGAUCAGCUUCAGGAAGCCCCUGUGUGCUGAGUGAACCACAACCUUUGAUCUUACCUCGAGUGCCACAGUCUAAGGUGCUGUCCGUCACCUCAAAUCCGAUGAGUUUCUGUCAAGCAGCAAGUGGUCAUCAGCCAAAUGUGAAUGGUCUCUUGGUUCAUGGGAUGCCUCUACAGCCAAGAAAUCUCUCCCUAAUGGACAAACUCCUAGAUCUUGAUGACAAGCUACUAAGGCCAGGGUCCAGUUCCAUCCUUUCAACCCGAAAUUGGUCACAUCGAGCCUUGGAGCUUUGUACGUCAUCUCUGUCAUAUACAGUGCAGCCCACCAGGAGACGCAACCCCCCACCACGUACCCUCCAUCCCAUCAGCACAAGCCAUUCACGCUCCGGAACGCCAAGACCUGUGGAAGAAAUACUCAGAGGAUCCCGACUCCUGGUGGCGGCCGACUCGCUCUCUUCUCCCUCACCAAUGUCCCUGAGUCGAAAUAACCUGCUGCCACCUAUUGGCACAGCUGAAGUGGAACACCUGAGCACUGUGAGGCCACAAAGACAAACGAAAAGCCAUGGCAAUACCAAUCGAGCUCGAAGUGCGGUGGUAGAUGAGCCUAACCAUCAGCAGCCCCCGGAGAGGCUCCUUUUACCUGACUUUUUCUCCAGGCCCAACACAACUCAGUCAUUUUUGCCGGACACCGAAUAUUGUCAUUCAUGCGCUGAGUAUCCACAUCAGGCCCGACCUGGUAGGGGACCUACAGGGACAGGUCCUCAGUUACAUGCAUCUACAAAAUCUCAAAGCAGAAGUGGACCAGUCUCUAGAACCAGGCAGGGACCAUAGACAAAAGAGGAACCUGCUUUAGGCUGCAGGGAACACGUGGGAAGAUUUUAUGAAUCAGUGUUCACUCAUUCUGUGAUGCAGAGCUUGUAUACAAGAAACAACUUGAAACUAUCUUCAUGAAGUUAUUUUGGUACAACUGACCGAGAAAGCAAGAGAGUAUCUGCCAAAGAUUACAUGGGUACUGUUUCUAUCUCCACUUACUGUUUUCUUUCAGCAUAAAUUAACCUAUUCCAUUGGACAGUAAAGUUUGUACCCAGAGACGUGACAAAUGAAUAAUUACCCCCAAAUCACUGCUCUCGUUGUCUGUUAACAAUGAUCAGUUCAAUUAUUAUAGGAUUCUAUGAGACUGUAAUACACAAAAAGCAGCAAAUGAUUAAUAACAGUAAGUCAUCACUGGUUUUGGAAUACUUAUGCUUGUAUUAAUUUAUGUAGAGUUAUACUCAGCUUUAAGUGAUUUUUAGGAGACAGUACUGUCAAAACUCUGAGCUACUCAUCAAAUAGGUAUCAUUCCUAAAGCUUUCUCUGUAGAUGUCCAAUCCCAAAGACAAAUAUGAAGGGGUGAGCAACUGAAGACAUAAAUAUUGAACACUGGUGUAAAGUAACGUAUGUAAUAAAUCAUAAUGGAUAUUUGUUUUCCAGGUAGGACAGCUCAAUUUCACAAUGCCUGCUUGAUAUCAGGUUAUGCUGCUUUUCUUAAAGUACUUUAUUUUUCCAAAUAAACUCAACUUGCCAGGUUUUCUCCUGCAGUUCUAACAAAGUCAAUUAAAACAUUUAUAGAAUUUUUCUAUUAGUGAGCCAGCAAGAUGCAAUUCCUUAAAAUUUCAGAAACCCUGGCUAUUAGUCCAUUAUGAACAUAUCCUAAGAGCAGAAGAGAACUUGGACAUUUUUCUGAUUUUACCAUGGAUCUUUUUCUGAGUACACUCAUAAAUGCAGCAAUGGUUUUAACUAUGGCUUAAAUUUAUUUAAAUUUCAUUGAACUUUAAUUUUGAUGAUCAUACUGGUUUUAGAUCUUACUGUUAACCC